AUGGACCCCCGGGCACCGGCCCCGGCCGGCCUCCCCUACUGCUGCGGCACGCCCUGUGGCUGGCUCGCUCUCACGGACCACCUGCGAUCCCCCACCAGGCUCAUCCUCUGGGAGCCCCUCUCCAAAGCCGAGAUCCCUCUGCCCACUCUCACAACCGUCGCCCAAGUGUUCCUCUCCGGAGACCCGCUCGCCUCGCCGGGCUGCCGCUGGAUGGCGAUCGCGAGCCAAAAGAUCCCCGGCGCACAGAUCGGGCAGAGGCUCUUCUUCUGGCGCCCCGGAGACGCGGGCUGGGUGAUGCAGCUCGAGUACCCUAACGGCAGGAUCGAAGGCGCGGCCUUCCACAACGGCAGAUUCUACGUCUCCACCAUCAACAUGUCCCUCGACAUUUUCGACCUCCAACACCAUCCUCCCAAUCGUCUGCGCCGCAUCUGCCUCUACGCUCCUUUGCAAGCGCGGUAUCCACGCUACCCUGGGAAUCCGAUACCGCAUGCUGUGGCCUGCAACAACCAGAUGCUGCUCGUCAUCGUGUAUCGCGGACCACGCCAGGCCGUGAUACUUGCGGAAGUGCACCGCCCGGAUUGGGAUGCCGACCGCCUCGACCUCCGGGAGCACAAGGUGUCGGAUCUCGGCGACUACUCGCUCUUCCUGGGCCGGGGUGACACGCUCGCGCUCUCUGCAAACGAGUUCCCGGCCAUCAGAAGAAAUUGUGUCUACUUUGUGGAGCAUGAUACAUACAAGCAUGAGCAGUGGGUGGUUGUGUUUGAUUUGGGGUCAAACGAUUUGGAACGGAUUCCCCACCCACAAGAGCACCUGGAGGGCGGCGGCAAAAGCACUGGCUGGCUGGCGUAUUCCUGGUUCUGUCCCAGAAGGCCCUUCCUUGGGAAGCAGGCCCUAUGA